GUCGGAGUGUCUGAACCAACUGUUGCGACACAUGGCAUCAGAAUGGAGAUGAGUGGAAAAUGGUCGAGAUGAUCCAACUUUACCGCCAAGACGGAUGAAAGCACUGCAACACCAAGCAUAGUGCUCUUUAGCUUAUCUCUGGACAUCCAAUCACUCACCACUACCAUUUCUACUUCCGUCAAUCCUGGUGCAGUCUACCUGCUUGCUGUUUCUUUCACAGCCCUUGCAGUUGCUCUUACACUAAUGCUCACCAUGACCAGAGCCGGCAGAGUCUCGUCCUCUCGCUCCUGGUCAUCUAAAAACAAGCCCAUGACACAACAAGCCUAUCUGGAGUCUUUCAAGCCCUUUACUGUCAACAAGUCUUCUCGUCUGACAGCAACCGACCCUCUCUCCACUCUACCAUUGGAGCUUCUUCUGUUCACUCUCAGUUUUCUCUCUGCUAAAGAUCUCCUCACUACAUCUAGUUUAAGCUCCUUACUCUGGGAACUCAGUCAUGACGAAUCUCUUUGGAAACAGCUCUGCAAGCAAUCUUGGAGCAGCAAGAGACACUUGCCUCUUCGUCUCUUUCCCUUUUAUGCUUAUGGCCCAUUACUUGAUAAACUCAGCGUGAGCGAGUGUAAAGAUAUCCUCAAGGGUCGUGGAGCUAACAUGCCUCCUCAGCUCGAAUCCGAGGACAUUCAUGUGCUAAAGUCACAAGUCACUGCAUCUACUCCUUCUCAUGCUGUCUGUGGAGCCUGCGCUAGUAAGUGGAAAGCAAGUUAUUUUGCUGCUCAGAUCGAUUUACACCGAAAGGUGAUCACUGAACAGGAACUGCAGCUGCUUGAUUGGCACUAUAUCGACACCUGGACUCUACAUGAUGGUGGAUAUUCUGAUGAUUCUGAAAGUAUGCUCAAUGACGAUGAUGAUACAUCGAUCAAUACCCACCAUAGCAAUGCUACCAAUAAUAAGCCACAGUAUCCCAUUGUCAACUUUUUUGCUGACGGUACUCGCGGACCCAUUAGUGGAUCUCGUCCUAGACGCUGCGAUUAUAUUAUGACUGCUGAUGGUCAUGUUCAAGUCGGUCAGUAUCCCCGUCAUGUUGUGCAUCGUCGAUCUGAUGGUCGCUGGGUAAUUCAAAACGACUGGGUAACCUACAAAUCCAUAUAAAUUCUAUAUUCCAUUUAAACCUGUUUUUUUCCGUUUUGCUGCAUCUUUGUAUUUUGUAUAUACUGUCGUUGGUUGGAACAAGAUGAGGCCAUGUCUAUUUUUUGAAUUGAUGUCAUUUUUGGUUAUUACAGGGCAGAUCUACCCAUUUGGGGUAUUUUAUUAUUGUCCAGCCAGCUUGAAUAUUUCAAAUUUCAUUUAGCUGCAAUAAACCAUUUUAUACAUCAAGC